GAUCUCCAUACCGUAUCCCUGAAACUUUUCCCGAGUCAGAAUAGUCGACUUGGCACCCCCUCGGACUUUUCGCCUAUAUUUCGAUUCCCGAUAUUCUCUCACUCCCACACUCGCAAGCACGCUCUUUAUCUCCAUCUACUAUGUGCGCCCAUUGCCUACUUGCUCUCAUAUGGAAGCUUUUAAAUCGAAGCAGUGAAUUGAAAGGUGGGUUUCUGGUGCUUGGCUGUUUCUCACCGGCUUCUAAUGUUUUUGGGUUGUUGUUGAUGUUUGGUCUGGGGUUAAAGUUGUUGCAAUUUACGUGGCAGGGGAAGGAUUUUAUUCAGUUUUUAUGUGAGAUUAGAAGGAAACCAGGCGAUAAAAAAUAUGGGUUUUGUUCAAAAAAGGGAUUAGAUAAAGUAUGUAAUUCGAAGACGAUGACUUGCAAGAGUAGUUCGUUGAAAUUGUUGGUAAGCAAUGAGCCUUUGGAACCAGAUACUGUUGCUCUUGAUGAUGACGAUUAUGGAAGAGAAUGUGAUGAUGAUUAUGGAAGAAAAUAUUGUAUUGAAGAUGAGGAGUUUGAUGUAAUUUCACUGAGGAGAUUGGUCAAAAUCGAGAGGUAUAGAGCAGAAAUGGCUUAUGCAGAACUUGAGAAGGAGAGAAUGGCUUCUGAAUCUGCAGCUGGUGAAGCAAUGACAAUGAUAUUGCGGCUUCAAAACGAGAAGAGUUCAUUACAAAUUGAAGCCAAUCAGCAACGUAGAUUGGUAGAGCAAAAGGAAGAAUAUUAUCAACAAAUGAUUCAAUCAUUGCAAUGGAAUUUAAUGAAAUAUAUGGAGGGUGAUGAAGUGGAUCAAUUUCAAGGAUCUUAUGCCAGUUUGAGUUUUGAUAUUGAUUCCACCAUGGAAGUUGGCACUGAAGAUGUGCAAACAGAUGCAGUUGAAUAGCCAUCUGAAAAAAACAGGUUCAGUUGAAAUUGGACCCUGAAGUUAGUAGCAUAUGAAUCUGGUUGAUCAAAGUUUGUUAAGCUUUUGCUUCUCUGAUAUCCAUCUAUGUAAAUGCAUUUAUGCAAGGAAGCACUAGAAAUUAAACAUUAAAGCCAGAUUUUACUUUGCAGUGGACUUUCCUCCUAUCCAUUGGAAAUCAAAUUUCUCUCUUUCUCCUCUUCUCUCUCUAAUUUUUGUUUUCCAAACAAAGGAAAUGGUAGAAAUUCAAUUUCUUUUCUUUCCCCUCUCUCAUUUCCCUCUAUCCAAACAAGCAUUAGGCUUUCAUCUCUGGCUUUCUGUGUUGUAUUAGUUUUUCAAACCUUAGGCUUUCCUCUGGAUUUCUGUGUGGUAAGAAUUUUUGUGCAUUAGUUGUUCCUCAGGUUUUUGCUUGCAUAAAUAGAUUUAAAUGGAAACCUUGGCUUGAUAAGAUAUGGAUGUGUUCUGUACUAUCUCAGAAUCAAAGUAACUUUCAUUGGAUUCCUGGCUACCUUUUGAAGUUCAGAUUUGUUCUACUACUGAGGAAUUUUUUUCUUUAUGGAUUUUGGGGGAUGUUGAUGCUGUUAAGGAAAAACUGUAGGGAUAUAUCUUUAUGAACUGGAAUUGCAGAA